AUGGGCCAUAAGAAAGAAGGAAUUUCUCCUACCUCAAAGAAAAAAAUAGUCCUACCUACCUUAAAUGCAUCUACUUUGACUUCAGCAGCAGUUGGUGCUUCUGCAGCAUCAGCACCUUUAAAAAUUAAAAUACCGAGUACAAGUGACGGAACAAAAAAAAAGCACAUUUUUUUGGGCAAAAUACCCGACGAUGAGGAGCCUGAAGCACCAGUAGAAGAACAAUUCAUUUUGAGAUUGUUAGUACCUGAAGAUGUAAAACAACGUUUCAGAGAGAAAGUGAGAAAACAAACUUUUGUUGAAGAUGUUGAAAUCAUGUUUAAAGACUCCCGUCGUGCAAUCUUCACAUUCGAAAAUCAAAAAUAUAGUGCGCGAUUAGUGGAUUUACCUUGUAUUAUAGAAGCACAAAAAACCUUCAACAAUAAACAAUUUUACAAAGUUGCAGAUAUUUGUCAGAUGUUAAUAGUAGAAUCACCGAUUGAUACUCAAGAUGAAGCGCAUUUUUUUACUGAAAACACGGCAUCUUCAGGUAUUGAUCAAUUUGAAUGGCCUGAUGGGUUAACACCACCUUUGAAGAAUGUUAGAAAUAGGAGAUUUAGGAAACGUAUUUCUAAUAAAAAAAUCGAAGAUAUUGAAAAAGAAGUCGAAAAAUUAUUACAUGAUGAUUCAUUGGCAGAAGAGGUCAAAAUUGAUUGGGAAGAUGCUGUUGAUUCAGAAACUGCUACACCCGCUGCACUUGCGGAAUCACUCCCUGAAGAAACAGAAGAAUAUGAAUUGGGAGAAGAUGAUGACUACGAAGCAGAGUCUCAAGAAAAUGAUGAUAUGGAUAUGGAAGGAUUGCAAGAGUUUGAACAAGUUUUGGUAGAAGGGCAGACCAGUAUACUUGACGAAUCAGAAAAUGAUGAGCAUGCUCAAAAUGAUGAUAUUACUGAAGAGUUCAGAAUUGGAUUAGAUCAAUUGUCGGAUGAUGAUAGUCAGAGUAAUGCAGAUGAUGUUGAAGAAUCUGAUGCAAGUGAAACAGAUUCAGAAGAAGAAGAUCAAGAAGAAUUGGACAAACUAUUUACAAGACAAAGGGAGUUGACAGCUGAAUUGGCAAAAUUGGAAACCAACUUAAAUAAGAAAAUUUCUGAUCUAAGAGGAGAGAUUAAUGCUGUCAUGCAGGGUCGAAUCCAAAAUCAAGUUAAUACAUUGUUAAUAGACAUAGAGCAGAAAAAAACUUUGUUAGCUGAGGCAGCACAAAGAGUAACUGAUAUUAAAGAAAAGAUGGAAUCAAAAGUUGAAGCCCUACUUGCAAAUGCUUCUAACGAGUAG